CGCAUACACGCUACGGCGAUUCCAAAACAUACGCACUGAUAAUUGAUACGCACAGAGCUUAAAUUGGCGAAACCCUUUUUGCUUGCAUAAAGUCGGCGUUUACGAACUUCUACCUUCGUCUCUCAACCACCCGUUUAGAAAAAGCACUUCCAAUUUUGGGGGCUGCUGCUGACCUUGGGUAAUUCGCCUUCCUGUUUGCUUUCUUUUCAUUUGCCAGGGUGUUUGUUCUGUGUAUUUUGUUUCUUGAUUUGUUAGCGCGUUUUCUUCGUUUUCUAAUUGAUAAAAGCGAAACCUUUAAUAAUUUUUAAUUCUACAGGUGUUCUCGUGAAAUCCUCAGCUUUGAGGGUGUGUUUGUUUGUUUUCCAAGGUUCCGCCUUAAUAAUCAUUGUUUCUCCGGUUGGAACAGAAGCUUAAAAACAUUUUUUUUGUUGUGGACAUUCAUUUCCUGCAUUUCCUGCCUUUUUGGUACCUCUCAUCUUGGUUUCUCGUUUUCGUCUUACAGUCCUUUCCCUGUAUAUUCCUUUAAAUUUUCUUCCCGACUGCAAUUCCUCUGAAGAACAGUUUUUCUCUUCGUCCUUCCCCUCAUCUACUUUCCUUCAUAUUUACAUUUCCCUCAUCUCGUUUGAACAAUGCCUAUGAGGUUUUCUGACGCAGAUGACGCUUCCGGCUCCCAUGUCGGUAGCCUUCGCCGGAAGUUUAGCAUGCUCAUGCCUAUGACUGAGAACGCAGACGGCCCCAGUUUGGUAAGCCAGAGUUUCCAGGACCACGGGGCUAUUCACCUGCAGUCAGCUCAGCUUGCAAUGGCUGAAACUGAUUCCGGUGUUCCUGUUGCCGACUCGCUGGCUAGCUCGCCCGCCGAUGCGUACAUGGCCACCGGUUUUGGCAGCAUUCAAUCCAGCCCUGUGGUGUCUGAGCACAAAUUCCCAGAACGGGAGCCUUCGCUCGGUGGACGGCCUUCUCGUGUGUUCCCCUACAAUCAAGCACCAGCUGAGACUGAAGAAAAUGAACGUCGUCCCCUGCUCUCUUAUGCGCCCGAAACGGACAACGACUGGAAUAUGCCGAAUGUGUCGAACUCCAACGUCCUCUCUACAGAUUACACGCCCCGUCGCUGGCAUGAGCGAGCUCGUAUGUACUGGAAGUCUUCUCAUGAAUUUAUGUGCGAUUCCGCUGGUCCCUCAAUUCUCAUUUCUAAUAUUCCUGCUGUGUUGAUCGGUCUUUUGCUCAACAUCUUGGAUGCUCUUUCGUACGGUAUGAUUCUUUUCCCUCUUACAUCACCCGUCUUCAGCAAGCUUGGUCCUGAUGGUAUUGCAUGCUUCUAUGUUAGUUGCAUUGUCAGUCAGCUGGUGUUCUCGUUUGGCGGUUCUUGUUUCAAGGGUUCUGUCGGUUCUGAAAUGGUUGAGGUUAUUCCUUUCUUUCAUCAAAUUGCCUUUACCGUUCUCGCCCGGGUGGGUCCGACGAAUCCUACGUCUGUUAUUGCGACUACCAUUAUGUCCUAUUCUCUUUCCUCCGUCAUGACCGGUGUCACCUUUUAUUUGCUGGGUCGCUUCCGCUUGGGACGACUCAUUGAGUUUUUCCCUCGUCACAUUCUUGUUGGUUGCAUCGGAGGUGUCGGCUACUUUUUGUUUUCCACUGCUAUCGAGGUUUCUUCUCGUAUGGAGGGCAACAUGGCUUAUGAUUGGGCCACUCUGAAGUUUCUCUUUAGUCCGUCCGUUUUCCUUCACUGGGCCAUUCCUUUGGUUCUGGCCUUGGGUGUCGAGUUGGCUCAAUCACGCUGGAGACACCCUUUCCUCGUGCCUGCCUUUUUUGUCUUUUCUCCGCUAAUCUUCUUCACGGCUGUUUCGCUCAUUCCCGGUCUCACCAUCCAAGACUUGCGUGACAUGAACUGGAUUUUCCAGGCUCCUGAAAGCAAUGAGCCUUGGUACCAUUUCUGGACACUUUUUAACAUCAAAGAAACAAACUGGCACGCAAUUCUCGACACGGUUCCCGAGAUGAUGGCUUUGACCUUUUUUGGAAUUCUUCAUGUUCCCAUCAACGUUCCGGCCCUCGCUAUUUCCACCGGCCAAGAUGAUGUUGACACUGACAAAGAGCUCAUCUCUCAUGGUAUUAGUAACGGGUUGUCUGGUUUGAUUGGCAGUAUCCAAAACUACAUGGCUUACACGAACUCUUUCAUCUUCAUUCGCAGUGGUGGUAACAACCGGUUGGCCGGCGUGAUGUUGGCUAUCGCAACUGCUGGUGUGUUGUACCUUGGCCCUGUUGUCAUCGGAUACAUUCCCAUUUGGAUUGUGGGCGCCUUGAUUUUCCUGCUCGGUAUUGAGCUGCUGAAGGAAUCGCUUAUUGAUACAAUUGGAACAGUUACUACCAUCGAGUACAUUACGAUCGUAGCCAUCGUGGCCACAAUGGGUAUCAUGGACUUUGUUUUUGGUAUUGUUCUUGGUAUCAUUUUGGCCUGUUUCUUCUUUGUCAUCCAAGCUUCGCGUCGUUCAGCUGUCCGCGGCAUCUACUCUGGCAAUCUUGUCCGUUCCACUGUUCGCCGUCCCGCCAACCAGCAACGCUAUCUCAGCCAAGCAGGCAGUCAAAUCCAAGUUUGCAAGCUUUCUGGCUUUAUGUUUUUCGGAACCAUUAACGGUGUGGAGAGCACGAUUAACAAUUUGAUCAAGGAGUUAAGCUUCUCCAAGAACCGUCUGCGUUACUUGAUCAUCGAUUUUAGUCUUGUUUAUGGCGCAGACUUUAGUGUUGUUCAAUCAUUCCAGCGUAUCCGUCGCCUUUUGUCGGCACGGGAUGUUCAGUUGUGUGUUUGUGGUUUGGAUGAGCGUCGUGCUUCGUUUAAAACGCUUUGCAAUAUCUGCUUUGUUGGUGAAGACAAUAGCAAUGUUCAAGUUUUUGAGACCGUAAACAACGCUCUUGAGUACUGUGAAAACAUGUUGCUCAAGGCCUUUAACCUGUAUCGCAACAAGCUUCUUCAAGAGCAAAUGCGUAUCAAUCAUCUGGAGAUGCCAAAAUCUGCUUCCAAGUUCUACAGCUCGGACGCACAAUCGUACUCGCCUUCGCCAAGAUUGGAAUUUCUGCGUCAGGCUGCUGUUUCCACCUUACAGGACGAGUCUCAGGAGCUCCCUUCUAUCGUUAAAUACGCCCGUUUUGAACAACCAUUCCCUCUCAUUAUGCAAGUGUUUAAUGGUCUUACUACGAAGAACGAAGAUCUCUGGCUCUAUGUGUGUCCUCACUUCAAGAAGUCUUUCCUCCAAAAAGGUGAUGUUCUCUGGCAUGCCGGUACUCCCGCUAACAGACUGUGUAUUGUCGAGUCGGGCAUGUUGAAGGCCUUGUACAACUUAAGUGCUGAGAAACUUUCCGAGAACAUUACCGGUCUGUGCGUUGUUGGAGAGCUGCCUUUUAUGUGUCAAUCUGCUUUCCGCGCUACUGUCACUGCCGAAAUGGACUCCGUGGUCUGGUCCCUAGACAUGGACUCUUGGAAACAAUUGUCUCAGGACGAACGGAUGGGCAAAGAGAUCAUAAACGAGUUUCUCCUAAUUAGUUUGAAACUGACCCAGGAGAGAAUCAGCGUCAUUACGAACUUCGCGUUGAACAUGCAUGCCUAGAAAGGUUCUUUUUCCGGCGUGCAGCAUGCACUCACACGCAUUCUAAGCAUCUUGUCAUUAUCACCGCCAUUGCAUUGCAACUCUUGACUACUACUUUUAUUACUACAGUCACCACAUUGUUGUUGAUACCGCAGAACUAUUUUCCCCGAGUUUGUUUUAUAUUGUCUCAACCUCCCUGCAUUUUCGAUAACCUAGGUUACUUAUUAGGUCUUCUAUCUUGGGUUACAAUGAUGCUUAGACUUGCUGACGUGCUGAUCGUUAUUGAUAGUGGCACCAAAAAAUUAUAGUUUUUUUUAUAGAAAUGAAUUAAUAUUAAUCAUUAAAAAAAGAGAGGAAGAAA